AUGUCAUCUGUGUCUGCUGAUCUUGAUGAAAAAUUAUGGGUUUCUUUUGUCGAAAAAAAGAAGAUACUAAAAAAGUCUAAGGUUUUCGAGCAGGUGCUGAGUCUGAUUGUCCCAGUGCAAAUCCAAAAAAUACGAUGCCUCGGGUUGGGUGCAGUUACAGAUUCAUCACUUGCAAUGUACCAGCUAUGUCUUUUGAGUCUGCUUGUUGAUCACUUCAAGGAGGUCAAAGAACGUGAAGAAUUGGAGGUUUCACUGUGGGACCCUAUAUUUACAGAAGAGGAUAAGAAAUUUAUCUCGGACCGAUUAAAAUAUGUAAUACUUGAGGAUAACGAUGACAAAAAAGCAGUCAAAAACACUUUGUUCUACAUGCCUCAUUUUCCCAUCGAAGUUUUAGAAAAAUUUAUUACUGAAACGGAGCCCGAGUAUCUUUUGUCGAAUGACUUGACUGUAUAUACCAACAAAUUCACAGACACUAAAUUCUUCCAGUUAUAUCCAAACUCAGCCCGUAUGGCCAAAAUCAUUACAGAGCAAGAAGAGAAGAUAAAAGGUACCGGUGUGCUUUCAAAGGCACUAGACAAUGAUGAAUUUCAUAUAGUCACAAAGAAAAAGCAAAGAAAGGGGAAAAAUACGAUCAAAUACACGCCAGCUGUGGUUGAUUACAAAUUCGAGUCUGCAUUUUUUAGAAAGAUCGUCAUGGAAAGAGUAACAGAAGGAAACAUUUUAAGUAAUGUGUGGGAUUCUGCGUUUACGGAUUUGUCCUUUUUGCAUAUUUCUCCAUAA